AUGCUAGAGUCUCGUUUAUCUGAGACAAGCUCUCCAUCAUUUGAGGACACUGCAUCAUCUCGCAUUCUGCAGGAAGAUAGAAAUCGUUCGAAUCAGACAUCCCCAAUUGCUGGGGUAAUCGAUCCCGCAUUACGAGAAUCAAGCUCAACGAAGGAGGCAACAGACGCAAUGCAAGAGGCCUCGUACCUCUCUCUUUCCGCCAUGGCAGAGCCCACAGACCGUCAAUCCGAUGUAUCACGAGGACUCUCAUUUCUUUCCCUUCUAUCCGCAGCGAUGAAAGUCAACGGGACGAAUCCAACAUUACCAGAAGGUAGAAACCCGUCUCUGACAGGGUCGCUUGCAGACUUCAGAAGUCAUUUUAUUACUGAAUAUGACUUUCUCGAUAAAAUCGAUCCGUCUGAGCCUUUUCAAGUUUUCCAAAAUGCAGUCGUUCAGUCGUACCCUUUCAUCACCGAGUUCGAGCUGGGUGCUGCGCUUGCGCAGAUAAUGGAUGCAAGGAAAAAUGGCACAUUUGAUCAAAUUCUGAAUCAGGAUACUGGAAAGGUCGCGAUUGUUUACCUCGGUCUGGCGAUAGGAAUUUUACUAUCGUCAGACUACAAUUACAAAGAGUUAAUCGCAAACGAACUGAUAUUCAAAGCGGUGCAGCUCAUGACGAAUGUUUUCGACAAUGCGACAGAUCUCACGAUGGGACAAUGCUUGACGGCUCUAACAAUUGCUUCACUAUUCACCACGCAUGGCGGAUCGACGUGGCAUCUGUUGGGUUUAGCUAUGAUGCGGUGCAUUUCUUCCGGAUGGCAUACUGCUCGAGGUCCAACCUUUAAUUCCCACGAUGAAGACAGUAGGCGGAAGAGCAGGCUUCUAUGGUCAUUAUAUUCCUUGGACACAUACAUCAGCAGUUCCCUGGACAGGCCGUAUUGUUUAAACAAUGAAGACAUUCUUGUCUCGCCACCUUUGUCCAACACAAGUAGCCCAAAUCGCUCAGAGGAUGCUUCGCAUCGUUGUCUAGUGCAGCAUGCCCAAAUCAUCCGAAAUAUACGUGAUGAUAUGGAUGGCGAAAUUCUGAGCCAUUUCAUUAACCUGCGUCAUUGGAAGGAAACUCUACCUGGCCAGGUCAACUACUCUCCACUACAGCAAAGUCAUCUCUACAAUCGUGGCCUAAUCGAAAUCUUACAACAAUCACGAGUAAUCUUAGAUCCCAGUUGUUCCAUGAUCGCUCAGCACGCUGAGGAAUCCUUUAUCGCCUUCCUGGACGUAUAUGAGGGAUCUCUUAUCCAACGAGAGAGCGCACCGUCGGCACUGGAUUCCUUACAGAUUUUCUUCAUUGGAAUCUGGAUGGCCUUACGCCUCAGCACUAACACCGCGAUGAGCGACAUUGAAGGUGCGCACGAACGCUAUCUGCAUGCGAUUUCUUGGUGUAUGAGCAUCCUUGCGCAGCUGUCCAUGCGGUACCCUCCCGUCCAGAGUCUACGAGACAUUCUGCUAGAGCUGCAGCUCGCUCACCUCAGUCUCGGUCCUCCGAUCCAACCGGACCGCCUCCAAAGACUUGUUAGUGAGUCGCCAAUUUCAAUCUCGGCGGGGUUCCGCAAUGUGAUCUUCGUCGGGUUUCCGUCACGCGUUGAACAACAGCCGAGGAUUCGAAGCUAG